GGUGUUGUUGCUGUGGUACUUGGUUGUUGUUUGACAGGGCAAAAGCCAGCUCCCCCACCAGACCAGCUCAGUCACUCCACCACCAGCAUCAGCAAACAACUGCUGCAUCCAGUGUCAGUACUGUUUUCAACAGAUGGGGUCUGCUUCGUUUGUCCAUAUUCCUCUCUCUCUUUACCUCACUCUUAGUAGAUAACAUACCUCAUCCCUUCCAUCAUCCUCCAAGCUACUGUCAAAGGGGAGAUAUGGAACAUCGCGGUUUAAAGAAUUUGGAUCAACAGAGUUAUAUAGAUCUUUCUGUAACAUCUCCCUCUUAUUAGGAGUUCAAACCUACAGAGGCAAUUCGACAAACAGUUAACAAGCGGCGGCCAACAAGAUGAGCGAGCGCGAGGCGCGCGACUUCACGAACACGGUAGACUCCUUCGCACAACUUCCCUUCAUCCGCCCGGCCGCACCGAAACACGCCGGCAACGCCUCAGCCAUCCGCCUUUUCGGCAUCGAAGUCCCUCACCACCAGAACACCGAAGAAGACACCAACAAAGGCCACACCACCAUCGGCGCCGCCUCCGCCGCCACGUCCGCCAACGGCGAGAUCGCGCGCAAGUUCGAAUGCCACUACUGCUGCCGGCAAUUCCCGACCUCGCAAGCCCUAGGCGGCCACCAAAACGCCCACAAGCGCGAGCGCCAGAACGCGAAGCGGGCUCACCUCCAGGCCCACCACGGCCCUCUGGUCAUCGACGGCCGCCACCACGUCUACGGCCUCUUCAACUAUCACCACCAGUACCCCGCUCCUCCGCAACCUCCUCCAUGGCACCACCAUGCAACCAGCUUCUUCGGCGGAUUCGGCGCGGUGGGCCAGCCCAUCAGCGCCAGCCCGAUGCCGGGGAUCUGGCGGGCUCACGGGGGCGUGACCCACGUGGACUCGCUGACGCCGCCGGUGCCAUGGAUGAUAAGAGGAGAAGAUCGAGCCGAGUCGAAAAGCAUUGCCAAUGCUAGUAGCAGUUUAACUGCUGCUGCGGCUUCUACUCCGUCUGCAUCUCCCAAAACCCAACUCAGCUUCCAACUGAUGCCAACUGCCAAGGAGAGCGUGAGUUUGGAUCUGCGCCUGUGAUCAUCCCAUUUCUCUUGCUACAUUUUUUUUUUUUUGGAGAGAAUAAUUAAAUUGUUUGUUUCUUGUUCAUUAGUUUUUAUUAAACUGCUUUACAAUCUUCUUUUUAUGAGAAGAACUCAAUUUACGACCUUAA